AUGAAGGUCUUCAUCCCCGUCGUCUCCAUGCUGAGCAGGCUGAGGAGGAGGAGGAGGGUGGUCCGGCUAUCUUGGGUGGCAGAGGCGGAGGAGAAACCACACGACGGGUACCUGCGCUCGGGGUCAGCAGCGGAGACGCGCAACGAGACAUUCCCGGGAGACGUCCCAGACCACAACGGCUCGCUGAGCCAGCGCCUCUUCCAGCCCGCCUGCGACGUGGGCCUGGUGCUGGUGCCCCAGCGCAGCAUCUUCCCGGCGCACACGGGCGCGCGCGCUGCCCACAGCCAGUUCUUCCACUCGCUCUUCACCCAGAACAAGCAGCUGCGGAGUGUGGAGCUGUCCCUGAAGGCGCUGGCGCCUGGUGGCCUGCAGCAGAUCCUCAGCUUCAUCUACACGCCCGAGCUGCUGGUCAACGCAGCCAACGCCCACGAAGUGCUCAGUGCCGCCUCCUUGCUGCAGAUGGCCGGCAUCGCCGCGUCCCGCCAGGAACUGCUGGAUGCCCGCUCCCUAGGCCCACCGGGUCCCGGCACUGUGGCCCGGGCCCAGCCGGCUGCCAGCUGCUCCCCAGCUGCGCCACCCUACUACUGUAACAUCAAGCAGGAGGCGAACACCCCAGGCCUGCCCAAGAUCUAUGCCCGCCAGGGCCCUGACCCCUACUCAGUGCGCGUUGAGGACGGGGCAGGGACUGCUGGCGGCACAGUGCCUGCCACCAUUGGGCCAGCCCAGCCCUUCUUCAAGGAGGAGAAGGAGGGUGCUGUCGAGGAGGCCGGCAGGCCCCCGGCCAGCUUGUGUAAGCUGGAGGGUGGGGAGGAGUUGGAGGAAGAGCUUGGGGGCUCUGGCACCUACAGCCGCCAGGAGCAGCCCCAGAUCAUUGUGGAGGUGAACCUCAACAACCAGACACUGCACAUGUCCACUGGCCAAGGGGAAGCCAGGCCCUGGGACGAGCCAGCCACCAUGGUGCUGGGCCGGGAGGAUGGGCUGCAGAGACACUCAGAGGAGGAGGAGGAGGAGGAAGAAGAGGAUGAGGAAGAGGAGGGUGGUGGCAGUGGAGGAGAGGAGGAGGAGGAUCAAGAAAGUGGCAGUGAGGGAGAAGAGGAAGAGGAGGAAGAGGAAGGGCACAGUGAGCAGGAGGAGGAGGAAGAAGAGGAGGAGGAGGAAGGGCCCAGUGAGCAGGAUCAAGAGAGCUCUGAGGAGGAGGAAGAGGAGGAGGGGGAAGCUGGCAGCAUGCAGGGGCCACCAGGGAGCCGGGGCAGCCGUGCUGACCCCCCUCCCCACAGUCACAUGGCCACGUGGUUCCGGGAGAAUGCCGGGCGCCAAGGCAUCUCUGAGCCUGAGGAGGCUGGGCCACGUAGUGGGAAGCGACCCAAGCUGUCCCCCAGAGAGGCCUCUGCACCAGCCCGAGGGCCUCCAGCCACUGAUGCGGGGGCCAACGUGAAGCUGGAGGAGAAGCAGCACCACCCGUGCCAUAAGUGCCCACGAGUUUUCAACAACUGCUGGUACCUGGAGAAACACAUGAAUGUGACCCACAGCCGCAUGCAGAUCUGUGACCAGUGUGGCAUGCUUCUGCUAGAGAGUGAGCGGCUGCUGCACCGGCAGACGGACUGCGAGGGCAUCAUCCAGUGUGUGACGUGUGGCAAAGCUUUCAAGAAGCUCUGGUCCCUCCAUGAGCACAAGAAGAUUGUGCAUGGUUAUGCAGAGAAGUUCUCAUGUGAGAUCUGUGAGUUCUAUACCAUGGCCCAUGUUUCGCACAUGGUUGCCCACACCAAGGACAUGCCCUUCACCUGUGAAGCCUGCCGGAAGUCCUUCAAGCGCAGCAAGUCCCUCGAGGUGCACUCACUGCAGCGCUCCAGGGAGAAGCCAUUCAGAUGUGACAACUGCAACCAGUGCUUCCAGUACAAGUACCAGCUGCCAUCACACAUGAGCAUCCACAUUGGCCACAAGCAGUUCAUGUGCCAGUGGUGUGGCCAGGACUUCAACAUGAAGCAGUGCUUUGAUGAGCACAUGAAGACCCACACAGGGGAGAGGCCAUACAUCUGCGACAUCUGCGGCAAGAGCUUCCCCAGCCGGCCCAGCAUGAAGCGGCGCGGCGCCCGCACACCGGCCGAGAAGCCGGAGCCUUCGACGUGCAGCCAGCGCUGCCGCUGCCCCGACAUGCUCAAGGCCCACAACGAGAAAUGCUUCCUUGUCAGCCACCCGCAGGCCAGCGACCGCCCCCCCCACCCCAGGCCUGCGCUCCCCCCCCCACCCAGCCUCAGGCGCGCUCUGCCCCUGCUCCCCGGGCAGCCCCAGACCCUGCCCCCCCCGCCGCCCCUCUUCCCCACCACUGCCAGCACUGGCGGGGGAUGA